AUGUCCGAACAGAAGCACAAUGAUGAAGCCCUCUCGGUCUCUCGGGACCCUGGGGCCAAGACGGAAUUUGAUGAUACGUUGGAAACCACAGAUGAAACCCACCGCAGGCUAUCGGCAGACAGCAAGAUGACCUGGCCACACGAACACGCCAAGGGUCUCGCGAUACUGCCAGGUCCGGACUCCUUUGGGAGAUUCUCCGCCAGUUCGUACCAGAGCGGGCGGACCUCGCCGUUACCAGGAACAAGCCAUCCCCCACCAACGACACAGCCGCCCAAGCAGACGACAAAGCUGGCGCAGCUUUGGCUGGCAAACAAGGGUGUCAUUUUGGUGGCCCUCUCACAACUUUUCGGCGCUCUGAUGAACCUGACAGCACGACUCCUCGAACUCGAGGGCGAGGGCAUGCACCCGCUCCAAGUCCUCUUCGCCAGGCAAAGCCUCACCAUGGUCUGCUGCUGCGCCUACAUGUACUACAUGAAGACCCCCGACUUCCCCUUGGGCAAAAAGGAAAUCAGGUGGCUCCUCGUCGCCAGAGGCGUGCUGGGUUUCUUCGGCAUCUUUGGCAUGUGGUACUCGAUGAUGUAUCUGCCGCUCGCCGAGGCGACUGUCAUCACAUUCCUGGCCCCCAGCGUCGCCGGCUUCGCCUGCUACCUUGUCCUCCGCGAGCCCUUCACACGCAACGAGCAGAUCGGUACCGUCAUCGCAUUCUUCGGCGUCGUCCUCAUCGCCCACCCGACCUCGCUCUUCUCCGGCGACUCGGCGUCCACCGUGCCAGAACAGCUCGGCCCGGGCAACGGCACCGCGACCUUGGCGCUGCCUGGGCUGGACCACCAGACCACGACGACGGAGCGGCUGACGGCCAUCGGGGUCGCAAUCCUGGGCGUCUUCGGCGCCGCGGGCGUGUACACGACGAUUCGGUGGAUUGGGAAGCGCGCGCACCCGCUGAUCUCCGUCAACUACUUUGCGGCGUCGAGCACCGUCGUUUGCACCAUCGCGCUCACGGCCGCGCCGCUGCUCGAUGUCGGUCAGCCCGUGCUGCGGUGGGGUCUGCCACAGACGGGCCGGCAGUGGCUCUUCAUGGUGCUGCUGGGGAUCUUCGGGUUCAUCAUGCAGUUCCUCAUGACGGCAGGCCUACGCACGGAUCGGUCCAACAGGGCGAAUGCCAUGGUGUACACGCACAUGCUCUUCGCGGCGGCCUUCGACCGGUUUAUUUUCGGGAACGUUAUGGGGUGGAUGAGUCUCGCCGGCUGCGGUCUCAUCAUCGGGAGCGCCUUAUGGGUCGUCCUGACCAAGAAGACGCCCGUGCCUAAGAGGGGGGCCGUGGCGGACGUGGAGGUCGCGAACGUCCGGGAUACCGAGGCCGUUCCGAUGUUGGCAGAUAUGGACGAUGGGAGGGACGAGGACUAUGAGCUUCAGAGAGUGAGGUGA